GAGACAGUCCCCGGAUGAGGUCAAUAAAUACCGUAGAGUAGGUUUAACCCGUCUUUAGGAGAAGCCUAUUGUGUAUGAGAUUUGUGUCCGAUUCCUGACUCACCGCUGUUCGAGUUCAUUUCAAACGAAUAAGUCGGUCAGGGACAUUUGAAACAUGGCCUUUAAAGACACCGGGAAAGCACCCGUAGAGGCUGAGGUCGCAAUCCACCGCAUCAGGAUCACACUGACCAGCCGCAACGUCAAGUCACUGGAGAAAGUGUGCACGGACCUGAUUCGGGGGGCCAAAGAGAAGAACCUGAAGGUGAAGGGGCCCGUCCGCAUGCCCACCAAGACUCUGCGCAUCACCACGAGGAAGACCCCCUGUGGCGAAGGCUCAAAGACCUGGGACCGCUACCAGAUGCGCAUUCACAAGCGCCUGAUCGACCUGCACAGCCCGUCCGAGAUCGUCAAGCAGAUCACCUCCAUCAGCAUCGAGCCCGGCGUGGAGGUGGAGGUCACCAUCGCUGACGCCUGAGGUCACUUUCUACGCUCUGCAAUACAUUUUUUUAAAAAGCCACCGUUUUAUUCCAGAGUUUGGCCUUUUUUCCAUCCUCCCAUUAAAGGAAAACCUUAAUAUGCCGGGUUCAUUAAUUAAGAA